AUGGGGAAGAGCUACAAUGACCCAGGCAGCAGCAAAAACGGGGGAUUGGCCAGCGUCUCGAUGGAGAUGGGAAUCCUCCAUGAAACAAUGCAGUCAAUCGCUCCAGAUAUGAAGACUUUCGCCAAGCUGAACUUAUUCGGUCAGAUCAUGAAAGUCGGCUCUUUGAUCACCAGCGGUGCUGCUGUGGAGUAUAUCAAGAAGCUGGAAGAUCAGGCCGGGAGGAUGCGCAAUAGCCUGGAUCAGAUGGCAGACAACCACGACCCAGAGACACUCGUGGCCUACAUCGUGGAACAUGGACGACCUUGCCUUGGUCCGGAGUCGAUUGUACAUAUCUUGAUCCCAGCCAUCAGCCAGCUUGCGAUCAGUGAAUCACUCACAUUUCCCGAAGAGGUGGGUCCGUUCCGUAUCAGUGGGCAGCUGGUCAAGAGCAGUCUGCCCCUUGUCCGUCUUUGUGCUCCUCUGGAUCGAGAACGUCAGAAUCUCAAUGAGAUUGGCUCGCUUCUUCCCGACCGCACUGGGCUCGGCUUCAAGCAGUUGGGCGUGGCCUACCCAUUAUAG